UAUCAUUGCGACAUCUGCGGCAAGACUUUCGACCGCUCAGACAACUUAAAUACACAAAGCAGCAUUCACACCGGAGAGAAACCAUUCGAAUGCACCCGCUGUUAUAAGACGUGUUCGGACAAAUCUGCUCUCAAUCGUCACCUGAAAGCCCACAACAAGCGAGCUGCCGAAUGAACUUUACCUGGGCAACCUGUGGAGAAACCUUUCAUAACUGCGCACCUUACAACACAUGUCCGCACUGCUCAUCAACAACACAACAAGCAAACAGCCACAAACGUAGCCCUACGACUUACACAUGCAUACACCUCCAAUGAUGCCAGGAAGAUGAUAAACAUCAUAAGUGAGCAAAACCCAUUUGACAAUCAACCAAGAAAAAACCUUAAGUAAAUAAAAGUUUUCCUUCUAUAUCCAAUAACUCACUAAAUCAGCUCCACGUAUUUGCUUUGCACUUGGUUAACACAACACAAGAACCGCCUGGAGUUUGUCUGAAUUUACCAGUCUAUUCUAUUUUUUUCUCCCUCAGAUUUAUCCAGAUGGACAGUUACUUCGGAAUGAUGCCAGCUUAAAUCUUUGCAAUCAAUGCUAGAUCCAAGCCAAGCUUCAAAACAUCAUCUGGACGUCAAUACGGAUAAGAACAAACUUUCCAAAUCAUUCCAUGCAGAGGCGGUUGUUGCAUUUGAAAAAACUAACGAUAUUCCCUGUGCCAUCGUGAUGUUGAAGACCCUCGAUGACCUUUCUUUAAUGGAACCUCUACCUCCAUUAGAAAUUCACAGGGACAUCUCACACACCACCCGUAAAACUAUGUGGGAGUUAAGUUAUGGCAUCGAAAGAAUUGAUAAGAAAGGAAAAUGUCUAGGAGACAUCUGCAUUGCAACAGGUUUGGAGAAUGUACAUAAUCUAAAUAUAAAUGAGUGAUAUGCCAAUCUACCGUGUACAUAUGGCUUCAAUUAGCAGGAAGAAAUCAGCUCUGGGUCUUUGUUUGUCAACCAGAUUUGAAAUCGUUGUAAUGUACCUUGGUUCCAUUUUAAUAACCCUAAACGAUUUAGAUGUUUCCAUGGAUCGAUCUAUUACAUUGAUGAGAUAAUAUAGAAUGUGUGUCAAACCAGAAUAUUUACGUUGUCGUUUUUUUCAUUAAGAACGCCACUGAUCCAAGAGGAUAUCAAACAAAUUGGGGGGGACGAAUUUAAUAUGUGGACUGUAAUUUCCCAUAAAUCAACCGUUGGGUGGACGAAAUUCGUGAAAAAGGAAUAACUCGAGUCUGUCUCUCCUUGGAGCUCUCCAGUUGCUAUGGUAAACAAGAAGGAUGGAUCACAUAAAUUUUGUAUUGAUUUUCGUAAAGUUUAUAAAGUCACUAAAGUAGGUAGCUUUCCAAUGCCUUUCGACGCUGAUGCCCCAGACUCUUUAGCUAACACAAGUGUAUUUUCCACCUUGGAUGGAUCUCAAAAGUGGUUUUUGGCAAAUAGAAAUGUAUCCUAACUCAAAAAAAGACUUCUUUUGCUACACAUAAUGGUCUUUAUGAAUUCUUAAUCAUGCCGUUUGGUGCAAGUUGCUAGUACACCCCCCACAUAUUUCAGUUGAAACACCAUGUGGAAGCAACAUGCAGUCAACAGGUUCAGUGCUCCAAGAGUGGAAUAAAAAGAGAAAAAGCAGGCACAGAAUAUCAUUGCGACAUCUCCGGCAAGACUUUUGACCGCUCAGACAACUUAAAUACACAUAGCAGCAUUCACACCGGAGAGAAACCAUUCGAAUGCACCCGCUGUUAUAAGACGUGUUCGGACAAAUCUGCUCUCAAUCGUCACCUGAAAGCCCACAACAAGCGAGCUGCCGAAUGAACUUUACCUGGGCAACCUGUGGAGAAACCUUUCAUAACUGCGCACCUUACAACACAUGUCCGCACUGCUCAUCAACAACACAACAAGCAAACAGCCACAAACGUAGCCCUACGACUUACACAUGCAUACACCUCCAAUGAUGCCAGGAAGAUGAUAAACAUCAUAAGUGAGCAAAACCCAUUUGACAAUCAACCAAGAAAAAACCUUAAGUAAAUAAAAGUUUUCCUUCUAUAUCCAAUAACUCACUAAAUCAGCUCCACGUAUUUGCUUUGCACUUGGUUAACACAACACAAGAACCGCCUGGAGUUUGUCUGAAUUUACCAUUCUAUUCUAUUUUUUUCUCCCUCAGAUUUAUCCAGAUGGACAGUUACUUCGGAAUGAUGCCAGCUUAAAUCUUUGCAAUCAAUGCUAGAUCCAAGCAAAGCUUCAAAACAUCAUCUGGACGUCAAUACGGAUAAGAACAAACUUUCCAAAUCAUUCCAUGCAGAGGCGGUUGUUGCAUUUGAAAAAACUAACGAUAUUCCCUGUGCCAUCGUGAUGUUGAAGACCCUCGAUGACCUUUCUUUAAUGGAACCUCUACCUCCAUUAGCAAUUCACAGGGACAUCUCACACACCACCCGUAAAACUAUGUGGGAGUUAAGUUAUGGCAUCGAAAGAAUUGAUAAAGGAAAAUGUCUAGGAGACAUCUGCAUUGCAACAGGUUUGGAGAAUGUACAUAAUCUAAAUAUAAAUGAGUGAUAUGCCAAUCUACCGUGUACAUAUGGCUUCAAUUAGCAGGAAGAAAUCAGCUCUGGGUCUUUGUUUGUCAACCAGAUUUGAAAUCGUUGUAAUGUACCUUGGUUCCAUUUUAAUAACCCUAAACGAUUUAGAUGUUUCCAUGGAUCGAUCUAUUACAUUGAUGAGAUAAUAUAGAAUGUGUGUCAAACCAGAAUAUUUACGUUGUCGUUUUUUUCAUUAAGAACGCCACUGAUCCAAGAGGAUAUCAAACAAAUUGUGAGGGAACGAAUUUAAUAUGUUGACUGUAACUUCCCAUAAAUCGACCGUCAGGUGGACGAAAUUCGUGAAAAAGGAAUUACUCAAGUCUGUCUCUCCUUGGAGCUCUCCACUUGUUAUGGUAAAAGAAGGAUGGAUCACAUAAAUUUUGUGUUGAUUUUCGUAAAGUUAAUUAAGUCACUAAAGUGGGUAGCUUUCCAAUGCCUUUUGAUGCUGAUGCCCUUGAUUCUUUAGCCGACACAAGUGUAUUUUCCACCUUGGAUCUCAAAAGUGGUUUUUGGCGAAUAGAAAUGUAUCCCAACUCAAGGAGAAAAGACUGCUUUUGCUACACAUAGUGGUCUUUAUAAAUUCUUAACCAUGCCGUUUGGUGCGAGUUGCUCGUAAACCCCCACAUAUUUCAGUUGAAACACCAUGUGGAAGCAACAUGCAGUCAACAGGUUCAGUGCUCCAAGAGUGGAAUAAAAAGAGAAAAAGCAGGCACAGAAUAUCAUUGCGACAUCUCCGGCAAGACUUUUGACCGCUCAGACAACUUAAAUACACAUAGCAGCAUUCACACCGAGAGAAACCAUUCGAAUGCACCCGCUGUUAUAAGGCGUGUUCGGACAAAUCUGCUCUCAAUCGUCACCUGAAAGCCCACAACAAGCGAGCUGCCGAAUGAACUUUACCUGGGCAACCUGUGGAGAAACCUUUCAUAACUGCGCACCUUACAACACAUGUCCGCACUGCUCAUCAACAACACAACAAGCAAACAGCCACAAACGUAGCCCUACGACUUACACAUGCAUACACCUCCAAUGAUGCCAGGAAGAUGAUAAACAUCAUAAGUGAGCAAAACCCAUUUGACAAUCAACCAAGAAAAAACCUUAAGUAAAUAAAAGUUUUCCUUCUAUAUCCAAUAACUCACUAAAUCAGCUCCACGUAUUUGCUUUGCACUUGGUUAACACAACACAAGAACCGCCUGGAGUUUGUCUGAAUUUACCAUUCUAUUCUAUUUUUUUCUCCCUCAGAUUUAUCCAGAUGGACAGUUACUUGAAUGAUGCCAGCUUAAAUCUUUGCAAUCAAUGCUAGAUCCAAGCAAAGCUUCAAAACAUCAUCUGGACGUCAAUACGGAUAAGAACAAACUUUCCAAAUCAUUCCAUGCAGAGGCGGUUGUUGCAUUUGAAAAAACUAACGAUAUUCCCUGUGCCAUCGUGAUGUUGAAGACCCUCGAUGACCUUUCUUUAAUGGAACCUCUACCUCCAUUAGCAAUUCACAGGGACAUCUCACACACCACCCGUAAAACUAUGUGGGAGUUAAGUUAUGGCAUCGAAAGAAUUGAUAAAGGAAAAUGUCUAGGAGACAUCUGCAUUGCAACAGGUUUGGAGAAUGUACAUAAUCUAAAUAUAAAUGAGUGAUAUGCCAAUUUACCGUGUACAUAUGGCUUCAAUUAGCAGGAAGAAAUCAGCUCUGGGUCUUUGUUUGUCAACCAGAUUUGAAAUCGUUGUAAUGUACCUUGGUUCCAUUUUAAUAACCCUAAACGAUUUAGAUGUUUCCAUGGAUCGAUCUAUUACAUUGAUGAGAUAAUAUAGAAUGUGUGUCAAACCAGAAUAUUUACGUUGUCGUUUUUUUCAUUAAGAACGCCACUGAUCCAAGAGGAUAUCAAACAAAUUGGGGGGGACGAAUUUAAUAUGUGGACUGUAAUUUCCCAUAAAUCAACCGUUGGGUGGACGAAAUUCGUGAAAAAGGAAUAACUCGAGUCUGUCUCUCCUUGGAGCUCUCCAGUUGCUAUGGUAAACAAGAAGGAUGGAUCACAUAAAUUUUGUAUUGAUUUUCGUAAAGUUUAUAAAGUCACUAAAGUAGGUAGCUUUCCAAUGCCUUUCGACGCUGAUGCCCCAGACUCUUUAGCUAACACAAGUGUAUUUUCCACCUUGGAUGGAUCUCAAAAGUGGUUUUUGGCAAAUAGAAAUGUAUCCUAACUCAAAAAAAGACUUCUUUUGCUACACAUAAUGGUCUUUAUGAAUUCUUAAUCAUGCCGUUUGGUGCAAGUUGCUAGUACACCCCCCACAUAUUUCAGUUGAAACACCAUGUGGAAGCAACAUGCAGUCAACAGGUUCAGUGCUCCAAGAGUGGAAUAAAAAGAGAAACAGCAGGCACAGAAUAUCAUUGCGACAUCUCCGGCAAGACUUUUGACCGCUCAGACAACUUAAAUACACAUAGCAGCAUUCACACCGGAGAGAAACCAUUCGAAUGCACCCGCUGUUAUAAGACGUGUUCGGACAAAUCUGCUCUCAAUCGUCACCUGAAAGCCCACAACAAGCGAGCUGCGAAUGAACUUUACCUGGGCAACCUGUGGAGAAACCUUUCAUAACUGCGCACCUUACAACACAUGUCCGCACUGCUCAUCAACAACACAACAAGCAAACAGCCACAAACGUAGCCCUACGACUUACACAUGCAUACACCUCCAAUGAUGCCAGGAAGAUGAUAAACAUCAUAAGUGAGCAAAACCCAUUUGACAAUCAACCAAGAAAAAAACCUUAAGUAAAUAAAAGUUUUCCUUCUAUAUCCAAUAACUCACUAAAUCAGCUCCACGUAUUUGCUUUGCACUUGGUUAACACAACACAAGAACCGCCUGGAGUUUGUCUGAAUUUACCAUUCUAUUCUAUUUUUUCUCCCUCAGAUUUAUCCAGAUGGACAGUUACUUCGGAAUGAUGCCAGCUUAAAUCUUUGCAAUCAAUGCUAGAUCCAAGCAAAGCUUCAAAACAUCAUCUGGACGUCAAUACGGAUAAGAACAAACUUUCCAAAUCAUUCCAUGCAGAGGCGGUUGUUGCAUUUGAAAAAAACUAACGAUAUUCCCUGUGCCAUCGUGAUGUUGAAGACCCUCGAUGACCUUUCUUUAAUGGAACCUCUACCUCCAUUAGCAAUUCACAGGGACAUCUCACACACCACCCGUAAAACUAUGUGGGAGUUAAGUUAUGGCAUCGAAAAGAAUUGAUAAAGGAAAAUGUCUAGGAGACAUCUGCAUUGCAACAGGUUUGGAGAAUGUACAUAAUCUAAAUAUAAAUGAGUGAUAUGCCAAUCUACCGUGUACAUAUGGCUUCAAUUAGCAGGAAGAAAUCAGCUCUGGGUCUUUAUUUGUCAACCAGAUUUGAAAUCGUGUAAUAAUGUACCUUGGUUCCAUUUUAAUAACCCUAAACGAUUUAGAUGUUUCCAUGGAUCGAUCUAUUACAUUGAUGAGAUAAUAUAGAAUGUGUGUCAAACCAGAAUAUUUACGUUGUCGUUUUUUUCAUUAAGAACGCCACUGAUCCAAGAGGAUAUCAAACAAAUUGGGGGGGAACGAAUUUAAUAUGUGGACUGUAAUUUCCCAUAAAUCAACCGUUGGGUGGACGAAAUUCGUGAAAAAGGAAUAACUCGAGUCUGUCUCUCCUUGGAGCUCUCCAGUUGUUAUGGUAAACAAGAAGGAUGGAUCACAUAAAUUUUGUAUUGAUUUUCGUAAAGUUAAUAAAGUCACUAAAGUAGGUAGCUUUCCAAUGCCUUUCGACGCUGAUGCCCCAGACUCUUUAGCUAACACAAGUGUAUUUUCCACCUUGGAUGGAUCUCAAAAGUGGAUUUUGGCAAAUAGAAAUGUAUCCUAACUCAAAAAAAGACUUCUUUUGCUACACAUAAUGGUCUUUAUGAAUUCUUAAUCAUGCCGUUUGGUGCAAGUUGCUAGUACACCCCCCACAUUUUUCAGUUGAAACACCAUGUGGAAGCAACAUGCAGUCAACAGGUUCAGUGCUCCAAGAGUGGAAUAAAAAGAGAAAAAGCAGGCACAGAAUAUCAUUGCGACAUCUGCGGCAAGACUUUCGACCGCUCAGACAACUUAAAUACACAUAGCAGCAUUCACACCGGAGAGAAACCAUUCGAAUGCACCCGCUGUUAUAAGGCGUGUUCGGACAAAUCUGCUCUCAAUCGUCACCUGAAAGCCCACAACAAGCGAGCUGCGAAUGAACUUUACCUGGGCAACCUGUGGAGAAACCUUUCAUAACUGCGCACCUUACAACACAUGUCCGCACUGCUCAUCAACAACACAACAAGCAAACAGCCACAAACGUAGCCCUACGACUUACACAUGCAUACACCUCCAAUGAUGCCAGGAAGAUGAUAAACAUCAUAAGUGAGCAAAACCCAUUUGACAAUCAACCAAGAAAAAACCUUAAGUAAAUAAAAGUUUUCCUUCUAUAUCCAAUAACUCACUAAAUCAGCUCCACGUAUUUGCUUUGCACUUGGUUAACACAACACAAGAACCGCCUGGAGUUUGUCUGAAUUUACCAUUCUAUUCUAUUUUUUUCUCCCUCAGAUUUAUCCAGAUGGACAGUUACUUCGGAAUGAUGCCAGCUUAAAUCUUUGCAAUCAAUGCUAGAUCCAAGCAAAGCUUCAAAACAUCAUCUGGACGUCAAUACGGAUAAGAACAAACUUUCCAAAUCAUUCCAUGCAGAGGCGGUUGUUGCAUUUGAAAAAACUAACGACAUUCCCUGUGCCAUCGUGAUGUUGAAGACCCUCGAUGACCUUUCUUUAAUGGAACCUCUACCUCCAUUAGAAAUUCACAGGGACAUCUCACACACCACCCGUAAAACUAUGUGGGAGUUAAGUUAUGGCAUCGAAAGAAUUGAUAAGAAAGGAAAAUGUCUAGGAGACAUCUGCAUUGCAACAGGUU